AUGACGUUUCGCGAUCGGUUGUCGCAGUUUAGGAUUCUGGAGGAGAAGAGGUGCGAGCUUAUUGAGGAACUCCUAGACAAGCUUGAAAAGACAGAAGCACGCCUCGCACAAUGUGAACUCGACCUCGGCUCCGAACAGAAUGUCAGGCGGACACUGCAAGCGGAAAUUGCAGAUGUCACGCGGACGAUGCAAGGGCAGCUGUCAGAGUCCAAGGCAAAAGAAGAAGCUCUAGUACAAUCGCAGUCCAAACGGCCGUUCGUUAUGGUGCUCAUAGAUGCCGAUGCCGAAGGCUUCCUGUUCCAAGACAAAUACAUAACACGAAAAGCUCAAGGCGGCGAAGCAUUAGCAGACGAACUGAACAUACGGAUAAGGGAAUACUUGCGGGAGCUGUACGAAGAUGCCGACUCACUCGACAUCAUCGUCCGCAUAUAUGCCAACUUGGAGGGUAUGGCCAACUACCUUGUACGACUUGAGAAGGUUCGGAACUUGGGCCAGCUACGAGCCUUCUCGACUGGCUUCUGCGGCAGGAUAACGAGCUUCGACUGGAUUGACACUGGAGUUGGCAAGGAAGGCGGAGCAGGAAGAAAAGUGCGAGAAAACUUGUCGUUCUUCGCAUCGAACACGCACCUACGACACACAAUAGUCGCAUGCUCGCCCGUCGACCUACCCGCUUCUCUGCUCACCUCCAUACCACUCGAGAAGCUGACGCUGAUCGAGUCUCUCCCGCUACCUUCUUCGCUUACAACACUACCUCUGAAAACCGCCAAGUUCCCCUCUCUCUUCCCUCCUCCGCCACCCACUAAGAACGCAAAGCCCAGCCGAGAGCGCGGCCGAAACGAGCGAGGACUAAGCGAAACCGAUGUGAGAAGGGGCGAUAGAGACAUGCGAAGAGGAGACGAGAGAGGCGGAGGUCCACAACUACAGCUCAUGGAACAAGAGCAUGAAGGCGGAGGCUCUACAUGGCUGGUCAUACAACCCGAGAGGAGUAAGAGCCAGGCUGUUAGCGGGAGGGACAGGGACAGGGACAGGAGGAGGGCUCCAAGCGAAGACGACACCAGCAGUUUGAGCAUCAGCAUCGGGCCAGAUAAUACUGUCAGUGUCGACAGCGGGAGGCGGCGGAGGUUGAUGGGCUAG